AGUGUCCUGGGCCUUUAAGAGGUGGAUGGGCUGAACUGAGGGAGAGAGCUCACACCUCUCCCUACCCUACUCCUUCUAUCGUGCUGCAACUCUGGCAGUGACAGCAGCAAGCUGCAGCAGAAGAGGGGAGGAAGCCAGAGAGUGCAAGAGGAGCAAAGGAGAAAAGAAGCCUGGCUGGGUUUCCUCGUGCCACAGUGGAAGUCAUCGCAGACACAGGAUUGCUGUCGCACCCACGGUGACUCUGGCACCAGCUGGUGGAGCAGUGGGUCAUGGCGUCCCUGCUGCAAGGCCGGCUGCCCAUCAAUCAAGACCUGCUGCUGAUGCAGAAAGGUAUGCUGAUGCGCAAGGUGAGGUCCAAAAGCUGGAAGAAGCUAAGAUACUACAGACUUCAGGACGAUGGCAUGACAGUCUGGCAUGCCCGGCAGGCCGGAGGCAGGGCCAAGCCCAGCUUCUCAAUCUCCGAUGUGGAAACGGUGCGUGGGGGCCAUGAGUCUGAGUUGCUGCGCAACCUGGCAGAGGAGUUCCCCCUGGAGCAGGGCUUCACCAUCGUCUUCCAUGGCCGCCGCUCCAACCUGGACCUGGUGGCCAACAGUGUUGAGGAGGCCCAGGUCUGGAUGCAAGGGCUCCAGCUAUUGGUGGACUUUGUCACUAACAUGGACCAACAGGAGCGGCUGGACCAAUGGCUGAGUGAUUGGUUCCAGCGUGGAGACAAAAACCAGGAUGGGCGGAUGAGUUUCGGAGAAGUCCAGCGGUUACUGCACCUGAUGAAUGUGGAAAUGGACCAAGAACAUGCCUUCCAGCUUUUCCAGACAGCAGACACAUCCCAGUCUGGGACUCUGGAGGGAGAAGAAUUUGUAGAAUUCUAUAAGUCAUUGACUAAGCGUGCUGAGGUGCAGGAAUUGUUUGAAAACUUUUCAUCUGAUGGGCAGAAGCUAACACUGCUGGAAUUUGUGGAUUUCCUCCAAGAGGAGCAGAAAGAAGGAGAACGUGCUUCUGAUCUUGCUCUGGAACUCAUCGACCGCCACGAGCCUUCAGAUAGUGGCAAACUGCGGCACGUGCUGAGCCUGGACGGCUUCCUCAGCUACCUCUGCUCGAAGGACGGAGACAUCUUCAAUCCGACCUGCCUCCCCAUCUACCAGGAUAUGACUCAACCCCUGAACCACUACUUCAUCAACUCCUCCCACAACACCUACCUAGUGGGGGACCAGCUUUGUGGCCAGAGCAGCGUGGAGGGUUACAUACGGGCCCUGAAACGGGGGUGCCGCUGCGUGGAGGUGGAUAUAUGGGAUGGACCUAACGGGGAACCUGUUGUUUAUCACGGACACACCCUGACCUCUCGCAUCCCGUUCAAAGAUGUUGUGGCCGCUAUAGCACAGUAUGCCUUCCAGACAUCAGACUAUCCAGUCAUCUUGUCCCUGGAGAACCACUGCAGCUGGGAGCAGCAGGAGAUGAUAGCACACCACCUGACUGAGAUCCUGGGGGAGCAGCUCCUGAGCACCACCUUGGAUGGGCAGCUUCCCACUCAGCUGCCCUCCCCCGAGGAGCUUCGGAGGAAGAUCUUGGUGAAGGGGAAGAAGUUAAGAACACUUGAGGAGGAUCUUGAGGAAGAGGAGGAAGAGCCAGAAGAGUCUGAACUGGAGGGGGAGCAGGAGGCUGAGCUGGAGCUGGAGGCCCAGUUUGAAUCUGAGCCCCAGGAGCUGAGCCCUCGCAGUAAAGACAAAAAGAAGAAAGUCAAGGCCAUCUUGUGUCCAGCCCUCUCUGCCCUGGUUGUCUACUUGAAGGCGGUCUCAUUCUACAGCUUCGCUCAUUCGAGGGAGCACUAUCGCUUCUAUGAAAUAUCAUCUUUCUCUGAAGCCAAGGCCAAGAGCCUCAUCAAGGAGUCCGGCAAUGAGUUUGUGCAGCACAACACCUGGCAGUUAAGCCGUGUGUAUCCUGGUGGCCUGAGGACAGAUUCAUCCAACUACAACCCGCAAGAAUUCUGGAAUGCAGGCUGCCAGAUGGUGGCCAUGAAUAUGCAGACUGCGGGGCUUGAGAUGGACCUCUGUGAUGGGCUCUUUCGCCAGAACGCUGGCUGUGGCUACGUGCUGAAGCCAGACUUCCUGCGUGACGCUCAGAGUUCCUUCCACCCCGAGAGGCCCAUCAGCCCUUCCAAAGCCCAGACCCUCCUAAUCCAGGUAAUCAGUGGUCAGCAACUCCCCAAAGUGGACGACAGCAAAGAGGGGUCCAUUGUGGAUCCACUGGUGAGAGUGGAGAUCUUUGGCGUCCGCCCAGACACAGCCCGGCAAGAGACCAGCUACGUGGAGAACAAUGGUUUUAAUCCCUACUGGGGGCAGACCCUCUGCUUCCGGGUCCUGGUACCUGAACUGGCCCUGCUGCGUUUUGUGGUAAAAGAUUAUGACUGGAAAUCCCGAAACGACUUCGUCGGUCAGUACACCCUGCCCUGGAACUGCAUGCAGCAAGGUUACCGCCACAUACACCUGCUCUCCAAGGAUGGCAUCAGCCUCCACCCAGCCUCCAUCUUCGUGCACAUCUGCAUCCGGGAAGGGAUAGAGGGGGUUGAAUCUUAAGGCACUGAAGGGAACAACUUGCCUGGAGUGACAAAGGAAGUGACGGGCAGAGAGAGUGGAGCUCCAAGGCUUAUGUUCUAACGACACUACACUGCUUCCUAAAGGGAAGACAGCGGGAAGCAGCAAACUUCUGCAGACUCCCGAGGAGCUGCCUCGGCCACAGCCCCAGGGGGCAGGUGUCUAUGCCUAGUUCCCUCUCUCCCACGGAGGCACAAAAGCCAAGGAGAAACCCUGGAGCCAGCUGUAUUCACAGAUCCGAGGGGAACGUGCCUGGACUUGGAAGUGGCCGGGAUGAGGGCCACAAGUGCAGCCCAUCUACUUCGCCAGGACGGGACUCUGAGAACUCAAGUGACACUUUCGUCUCUGGGCCUCUGCUCUGGGUCUAUACACCCUUCUCAGUGCCCAGAGAGCUCUCAGUGUGCAGACGGGGCCCCAGGCCCAGAGGGCAGCUACAGACAUGGAUCAGCGAGAUGACAGGAGCAGAGAGCAGUUAGGAGUCUCUCUGGGGCCGGGAGCUGACCUCCAGGGCAGGGAGCUUAGCCCCAGGUUGCUGGGUUAGGGAGGGCGGCCCGAGUGCGCUCACACCUGAGGUCCCCCGCGUGCUUCCGCAUGUGCACGCUGAGGUAGUGCUUCCACUUGGUGACGUAGCCGCACUCGGUGCACAUGUAAUCCUUGGCAUUGGAGUGGGUCAGCAUGUGCUUGGACAGGUAGCUCACGUCUCGGCACGUGAAGUCGCACAGCUCGCACUUAUGUGGCUUCUCGCCUUUGGGGGUGGGAGGGGUGAGAGGGGAGAGAAGACAGGUCAGACCAGGGGAGCAGAUGGACAUCUUCCCCAGCCAGCUCGCCCUGCCGCCCAGCGCGAGUGGAAGCCAGGGUGCGAUGCUGAGGUCUCAGGUGACCACUGUGCCACCCCGCCGCGGAGGAAGAUGAGGGGAAAGCGCAGAGCCAGCUCUUCGAAAAUCAGCGUUAAGGUCCACUCGGGACGUGUUCUACAUACAACUUACGAGCACUAAUGGCCCACUGCUCCACGUAGCCCAAUUUCUGCCAGUUUUGCAGAAGAGGAAUAGAAAAAUGUAGGCAAGAAGACAUAGUGGUAAACAACUGUGAUGCUGGAGUCCAACACAGUAAUAAAGAUAUUAAUAGCUGACAUUCAUACAGAGCUCGCCAGGUGCCAGGCAGCUUUCUGAGCACUUUA